CAUCUCCUCCGAGGUGCUGCUGAGCGCUGUCUCUGGCCAGAGCUCGCGGCCGUGCUGGGUUUGCUGUGGUUUCUCCGUGAGCGCUGCCUGAUAUGGUCCUGAACGUGGUGAGCACAUGACUUCGGAGAUGGACAACCGGGUCCAUUACAAGUCGUGAUUGGCCUUAAGUUGACUGCCAAGCAGUGCAGAGCUCGGCAGGAAUUCUCUCAUUCCUGGUUUUUGCCUGUCCUCUCUCCUCACCCCUCCAGCACAGCAUCAUGUACGGCAGCGCUCGCUCGGUGGGCAAGGCAGAGCCCAGCACGCAGAGCCCCGGCCGCUCGCCGCGCCUGCCGCGCUCUCCGCGCCUGGGCCACCGGCGCACCAACAGCACGGGGGGCGGCUCGGGGAGCGGCGCCGGGGCCGCCAGCGGGAAAACCCUUUCCAUGGAAAACAUCCAGUCCUUAAACGCCGCCUACGCCACCUCCGGCCCCAUGUACCUGAGCGACCACGAGAACGUGGGCGCCGACACGCCCAAGAGCACCAUGACGUUGGGGCGCUCGGGGGGCCGGCUGCCUUACGGGGUUCGCAUGACGGCCAUGGGCAGCAGCCCCAACAUCGCCAGCAGCGGCGUGGCCAGCGACACCAUCGCCUUCGGGGAGCACCACCUGCCCCCCGUCAGCAUGGCGUCCACCGUGCCACACUCGCUGCGCCAGGCCAGGGACAACACCAUCAUGGACCUGCAGACGCAGCUCAAGGAGGUGCUGAGGGAAAACGAUCUGCUCCGCAAGGACGUGGAGGUGAAGGAGAGCAAGCUCAGUUCUUCCAUGAACAGCAUCAAGACCUUCUGGAGUCCCGAGCUCAAAAAGGAGAGAGCUCUGAGGAAGGACGAAGCUUCGAAAAUCACCAUUUGGAAGGAACAAUAUAGAGUUUUGCAAGAGGAGAACCAGCACAUGCAGAUGACUAUCCAGGCUCUCCAGGACGAGCUGCGGAUCCAGAGGGACCUGAACCAGCUGUUCCAGCAGGACAGCAGCAGCAGGAGCAGCGAGCCCUUGGUGGCCGAGCUGACCGAGGAGAACUUCCAGCGCCUGCACGCCGAGCACGAGCGCCAGGCCAAGGAGCUGUUCCUGCUGCGGAAAACCUUGGAGGAGAUGGAACUGAGGAUUGAGACGCAGAAACAGACCUUGAAUGCACGGGAUGAGUCCAUCAAAAAGCUGCUGGAGAUGCUGCAGAGUAAAGGACUGUCAGCAAAAGCCACCGAGGAGGACCACGAGCGGACGCGAAGGUUGGCCGAGGCAGAGAUGCACGUGCACCACCUGGAAAGCCUUCUUGAACAGAAGGAAAAGGAGAACAACAUGCUGAGAGAGGAGAUCCACCGUCGCUUGGAGAACGCUCCCGACACGGCCAAGACAAAGGCUCUCCAAACUGUUAUUGAGAUGAAGGAUUCAAAAAUUUCUUCCAUGGAGCGUGGCCUCCGGGAUUUGGAGGAGGAGAUUCAGAUGUUGAAGUCAAACGGAGCCCUGAGCACAGAGGAACGUGAGGAGGAAAUGAAGCAAAUGGAGGUGUACCGAAGCCAUUCCAAAUUCAUGAAAAAUAAGGUAGAGCAACUGAAGGAAGAGCUAAAUGCCAAAGAGGCUCAAGGGGAGGACCUGAAAAAGAGAGUGGCUGGUCUCCAGACCGAGAUUGGGCAGGUGAAGCAGGAGCUGUCCCGCAAGGACACGGAGCUGCUGGCCCUGCAGACCAAGCUGGAGACCCUGACCAACCAAUUCUCUGACAGCAAGCAGCACAUCGAGGUGCUCAAGGAGUCCCUGACAGCCAAGGAGCAGAGAGCUGCCAUCCUGCAGACAGAGGUGGAUGCGCUGAGGUUACGUCUGGAGGAGAAGGAGACCAUGCUGAACAAGAAGACAAAGCAGAUCCAGGAGAUGGCAGAGGAGAAGGGCACUCAGGCAGGCGAGAUCCACGACCUCAAGGACAUGCUGGAGGUGAAGGAACGCAAAGUUAACGUUCUUCAGAAGAAGAUUGAGAACCUGCAGGAGCAGCUGAGGGACAAGGAGAAGCAGAUGAGCAGCUUGAAGGAUCGAGUGAAAUCCCUGCAGGCUGACACCACCAACACCGACACUGCCCUGACCACGCUGGAAGAGGCUCUGGCGGAGAAAGAAAAGACCAUUGAGCGUUUAAAGGAGCAGCGUGACAGAGAUGAACGUGAAAAACAGGAAGAGAUCGACAACUACAAGAAAGACAUUAAGGACCUGAAAGAGAGAGUCAGCAUUUUACAAGGAGAUCUCACAGAGAAAGAGACAUCAUUACUGGAUCUUAAGGAACAUGCCUCAUCAUUAGCUUCAUCUGGACUGAAGAAAGAUUCGAGACUCAAGACACUGGAAAUUGCAUUAGAACAGAAAAAGGAGGAGUGUUUGAAGAUGGAAACACAACUGAAGAAGCACCCUGAAGUUUUAUUGAGUCAUCCAUCCAAGCUAGCUCACGAGGCAGCCCUGGAGGCGAGGGCCAGCCCCGAGCUGAGCGAGCACACGCAGCAGCUGGAGCGCGACGUGGCGCGGUACCGCCAGGAGUCCGGCAAGGCACAGGCCGAGGUGGAUCGGCUCCUGGACAUCCUCAAGGAGAUGGAAAACGAGAAGAAUGACAAGGACAAGAAGAUAGCAGAACUGGAAAGCCUCACCUCAAGGCAAGUUAAAGAUCAGAAUAAGAAAGUAGCAAAUCUGAAGCACAAAGAACAAGUGGAGAAAAAGAAGAGUGCACAGAUGCUGGAGGAGGCCAGGAGACGAGAGGAUAACCUUAAUGACAGCUCCCAACAGCUUCAGGACAACCUGCGUAAAAAGGAUGAUCGCAUCGAAGAAUUGGAGGAGGCACUCAGAGAAAGUGUUCAGAUAACUGCAGAGCGGGAAAUGGUGCUAGCACAAGAGGAGUCAGCCAGGAUCAAUGCUGAGAAACAGGUAGAAGAGCUGAUGAUGGCAAUGGAGAAGGUCAAACAGGAGCUGGAGUCAAUGAAAGCAAAGCUGUCCUCCACACAGCAGUCUUUGGCUGAGAAGGAAACCCACCUGACCAACCUACGAGCUGAAAGAAGGAAACAUUUGGAGGAGGUCCUAGAAAUGAAACAAGAAGCCCUUCUUGCUGCCAUUAGUGAAAAAGAUGCCAAUAUUGCUCUGCUAGAGCUUUCAUCCUCCAAGAAGAAGACUCAGGAUGAGGUGGCUGCACUGAAACGAGAGAAGGACCGUCUUGUGCAACAGCUCAAGCAGCAGACGCAGAACCGUAUGAAGCUGAUGGCUGACAACUAUGAGGAUGACCACCUCAAAUCCUCAUCCCAUUCCAACCAAACCAACCACAAGCCCUCCCCUGACCAGAUAAUUCAGCCCCUGUUAGAACUCGAGCAGAACCGCAGCAAGUUGAAGUUGUACAUCGGCCAUCUGACAGCCCUGUGCCACGACCGCGACCCCCUGAUCCUGCAGGGCCUCACCCCGCCCGCCUCCUACCACCUGGACAGCGACCAGGCAGCCUGGGAGAGGGAACUGCGCAGGAUGAGCCAGGAACAGCUGCACGAUGAGCUGGAGAAGGGGGAGAGGGAGAACGCGGAGCUGCAGGAGUUCGCCAACGCCAUCCUGCAGCAGAUCGCGGAUCACUGCCCCGACAUCCUGGAGCAGGUCGUCAACGCCCUGGAGGAGUCCUCCUGACCUCCACCAGUCCUCCUGGCCACCAGUCCACAGAGCAGCACACCAGCAGCCAAGCCCAGUCAGUCCACGGAGCCGUGGGAGUGGAGAGCAAUGUGAAAGACAGAACGUGGAAUAGAAACUUCCGGUGCACCUUUGACAAAGAAAACAAAGGCAAAAAAAAACCCUUCUAAAAACUUCAUGCUCUCUAGGUUCUUCCAGUCUAUGAUUAAUCAGCCAUUUUUGUAUUCAUCUUUUCACUGCCUUUCUACUUUAGAACCCAGUUCCUCAGUGACUUUGUUGGUUGUGACUUUUGGAUACAGCUAAGCAGAGCUCUUCCAAGUCUACUGAGCAAAGAAGAGGGGAUCCACUGAACACAAGCAGCUCUAGUUCUCCAUGAGGUUGCAGAAGAGUAGCCCUCACCUUUCAUUAAUACAUUGCUUUUUCCUUCUUAUCUUCUUCCCUUCUUCCUGUUUUUUAUUUUCAUGAAAGCUGAAGGCCUGAAUUUCUUAGUGCUAAAGCCAAACCUGAGUGUGCCCUGAUUAUGGCUCAUGACUGGCCAGCAUCAGCUAGCUCAGGUCUUGCUGCCUGUCUCAAUGCUUCUUAUGUUCUUAAAUAACAGAGUGAGGAGAGGAAAGUUUCCCUACUUGCUCCUGUUUCAUCUAGCAGCUGGGGAGAAAAGGUAGGGAUACUGGUACUUUCUGUUUACUUAACUUGGGUUUUGAUUGUUCACUGGUCUGACUCUGAAGUGCUAGGUGGGGCAUUUUUUUGAGGUAACUGUUUUCAUCUGUUGAUUUUGGGGGGGAUUUUAGAUGAGUUUUCUCAUCAUAGUUCUGUGUCUCCUAAGUUCUUACUUUAUAGAGAGCUCUCUCCCUUGGAGCAGGUGUGGUCAACAGGUCAGUUCCCAGCUUUAACUUGUAUAGUUUGUCCAGUUUUUCAGGCCAUAACUUUGUGAACACUAGCUGUCAUCAGAAUAGUCUUAGGCAUUCUGUAAAUGAGAAAUUUGCAUCAUUUAGCUUAAAAGUAGAAUUUUAAAGCUAAGUUAGGUAAAUCAGUAGCAUAGUCCUUACUAUAAUUAUAAUUUAAUUUAUUUUUGUUUAGCUUACAUUGAAUUUGAGUUCAGAGCAAUAACCCUUAUGAAGAGGAGCAUCUCUGCUGGAGUUGGCACCCAGCUGAGUAGAUAGGUGUAAAAUCACAGCUUUACUUAAACCAGUGCAAUUCUUCUGUGUGUGUGAGAGGCCUUAGUUCUAUUCCCAUCCACCUUCAACACUCGUUACAGCUCCUGCUGAUAGGUAACAUGACCUGAAAUCCCAGGUCAGUUUGUCAUUGUAGCAAGUCAGAAAUCCUAUUUUAUGAGUAGGGCUUGGGUGUUCAUUCUUGGGCUAUGCAUUAAUGGGGAGACACGUUUUUUCCUGGCUGCCAGUGGUUAUGUGUGUCUGGGGGCAUCUGCAGGACAGAACCCUGUAACACGUCCCCACGUCCUCCUCAAAGGAGCUGCUGCCUUUGGCUGGCUCAUAUUCACUUCAGAGAGCGAGGGGAAGGCAAAAGGAGACCAAAUAUCAACACAGCACUGGAAGAAAUCCUGGUUUUCUAGUCACUAGCUAAUUAUGGAUCCCCUCAGUAAACUUCCCAUUCAGAGCUGCAGUUUAAUUCCAUGUGGCUUACUACACUUUGGGCUUAAUCACUAGGCUGUUAGCUAAGGAAAAUGUUGCAGGCCCUUUCAAGAAAACUGCAUUUCUUGUGUCUCUCAGAUCCACAGCACAGCUCACCUGUAGGUCUUCCACACCUUGUUUUUAUCUUUAGAAGUGACCAAUGGCUUCCAGCAGAAAGGAGAUCAGCAAAAGUUUGAGUAAGGGAAGAUGUACCCUGUAGAUCUUCCAAACAAGAACUGAAAAUUGGGAAAAACUAAAACUUUACGUAGGCUCUAUUGGGAAUUAGCUGAUUUAAAAUAAAUCACAUCCCCAUUGAUUCUACUGUAAUAAUUCAGCAGAAGGAGCUGCAUUCAUAGCCAGGGUGUCUAGGAAGAAGUCUCAAAAAAAGAGGCAAUUUUCAACUUUUGCAACUUUGGAAUUGCCAGUGCUUUGCAAAUCAGGAGAGCUAGCUUUAGUUCUUCCUGUCAUAGCAGCCUGUGUCUGAAGCUUUUUUUGUGUGUCAUUUGUGAGGGGAGUAAUGGGAACCUGAAUGUGUGGAGGGGGGGAAUGCCGGAAGGCCAGCAGACAGUGACUGUACACACUGCUGGGCCCUGCCUCAUGCCAGAACCACCCCUUUGCUCCCAUUAUUUGAGUCAGCACGUUUCGAUAGGAGCUGUUGUUUUGAAAUCUUUCCUCUUGCUUUUUCUUCAUCACCCCUAAUUACUCACUCAAGGAAUUUAAUGCCGCCUGUAAAAGCAUCAGAGCCAUCAGCCCAGCAUCAUCGGCCACCGCCACCCCUCCUGACUCUCUCAUUAACUUAUAUGGUCAAACCUCCAGCUGCCCUGGUUCCCUGCUGUAAAACAAUCCUUCCUCUGUGAGAAGCUGUGGAAUUUCCCUUAUCGAUGGUUCAAAUGACUCCUGCUUGUAAACCUCUUACUGAGAUGUUCCUUGAUAGCGUUUCUGCUGGAGGCAGGGGGAGGGGAUGGGAGCCAGGGGCCAUCACUUCGGGCUGUUAUUUCAAUUCCCUGGCUCUCCUGCCUUGCCCACACAUGGCAGGGAAGUGCUGCUGCUCCCUCAGCAUCUCCAAGUCAGCUUGUGGCUGCAUUUCUGUAGUUCAGAGUGCCCCAGGCGAAGGCCCGGUGCUGUCACGGCAGCGUGUGCAGGAUCUGUGUGUCGGCAGCCCGGUGAAGCUCGCUGUUUACACAUCUCCCAUCCUCUUCCCAGGGAGGAUUCGUCAAGCCUGGCUGGUUUUCACGCUGGCCAUUUGGUCCUUUAUCUGCCAGCCACACACCUGCUGUUCCUUCCAUCUGAAUUGUUGGGCCCUGGCGAUUUUCUCGUUAACCACUGCUAUCUCCUAGGUCUUGUAGGCUUCCCAUCUUAAAGAUUGAUCUCUGUAAAGUGCUUUCAGGGAGGGAGCAGAUCUCCUUCAGGAACAAUCUUGAUCCAACUUGAUCUCCACUGAACUGUUUCAGGUAAUCUCUGAUCCUGUGUCAGCAGAGAUCCUGUGGUGAACAGCUCGAGGAGCUUUGGGCUUUGGGAGGUACUGCUGGCCACCAUUUAGUGCUGAACAUGACCACUGAAAGCUUUUUCUUUUCCCUUGUAUGGAGUGCCACACCACUGGCCUUAAGGCAACAAAGGGAUUUUAUCCUCAUAACCCAUCAUGGAAUUGAAUAUGAGGCACAUGGGAGAAGGGCCUUAUGUGGCAUACCCUGCAGUGCUGAUCCAGCUGCCUAACCCACCACUGCUCUUUUAGGAUUGUAUUCCCAAGUGUCAGCAGCCAGGCCGAUGCAGUUUCCUACCACAGCAGUCCUGCAGUGCAGCAGCUCUAGGAAAUCAGGGGCCUUUCCCAGGGACCCCAGGGAAAUUUGCUCUUUCUUCUCCUGUUGAAUGAAGCUCCAUUUUCUCCAGGAGCUGUGGAAGUUUCAGCUGCUUUGAUGCUACUUUUUUUCCUUCUGAGCUUCUCUUCAUUUGUAGAGAAGCUGAGAGAUGUAAGGACUCUAGGAGCUGUUUGUAGGACAUUAAUAAGGUCAUUUUGGCAGGGUUUGGGCUAAAAAAUAACUGAAGCCUGAAGCCCAAUGUACACUGCAAAAGCUGACACUGCAACCACACUUGUUCACGAUAUCCACCAGUCCAAGUCCAUAUUUUCCUCUGAAUCCAACCUCAUGUAAAACACUAAAAGGACAUAACACUAGAAUUGCAGGGUGAGGACAUGAGCACUGUUUGCCAUUGGAAGAAGAAUUACCUGGCAUGCUCCCAGAUGAAGCUCUAAGCUUCUCCAAGUACUCUCUCUCGUUUUGACUGCCUUUAACCAGCUUUCACUCCAGAAAAUGCCAAACCCUCCUUGGAGUAUCCAGUUUUUGCCAAGUCCUGGGGACAGAAGGUCUGACGUGACGCGCGGAACCCCGUACGCCGUUUCUCGUUGCACGGCUGGAAUAUCCCUUCUCUAGAAAAUUUCCUGGUACUUUUGGGCUCUGAAAUUUGCACAAGGGAGCAUAAAUGUCAUAGAUCUUGCAGAGAUAACCCUGGUUUUUGAACCAAAGGGGCACCUCUUUUCAUUUGCCCUGUAAUUCCCACCCGUUCUGCUGCUAGGGCUCAAUUUGUUGGGAAAUUUUCACAUCUGAAGAGGGUUGAUAGGGUUGAGUCCCCACUCCUGUACUAAUUGCCAAUAGCUGCCACUGCAGGGCUCUUUACAAAGGAUGUAGAGUCAUGCUCUGAUACCAUUUUAAAGCAAAAAAUGUCACUCUAUACGUAACACGUACGUCCCUCGAAUGACUCCAGUGAAGUGCUGAAGGGAAAAGUACAAUCAAGGCAUCUGAUACUGAGAGGAAGCCUCUCCUCAGCUCCACGCCAGCACUGGAAGAGGGACCUGGAGAGGCUGUGGAAGGCUGUGGAUAACCAACACUCAGUGUGGAUAACCAACACUGCCCCAGCGGGGUGGGAGGGUCGGGCACGGGGCACCAGGGGCCAACUCUGCUGACCCCUCUCAUCCGCGUGGUGAGGAAGAGGAGUGUCAGGGGGUUUUUUUAAACACAACAAUGUUUUUAAUUGUUUUUUCCACAAAAAAAUGGAAGGAACCUUAUGCAACAGCAGAUCCUUCUGAACAAAAUGGCUGUGUCCACUGACUAUUUUUAAAACAAAAAAAACAAAAAAAAAAAAAAAAAGAAAAAAAAGAGAAAAACUGUUUCAAAACUUUUUAGUGUCAAAAGCAUAAACUCAGAAAUCCUGACUUUUUCCAGUGUGUGUGGUGAGUGCUGUAACCCUGUCAUCAGUAUCUCCCCUGACUUUUUCAGGGGUGUUUUUUUCUCCUGUUUUGUUUUCUGCUUGUCGAUAUUGUCUGUGUGGUCCUAAGGCUGGGGCAGUUACCAACAAUGUGUGUCUGUUGUCAGAUUGAAAAAAAAAAAAAAGAUAGUAGUAGAACUGAAAAAGAUGUGUUUUAAAAAAUAUAUAAAAAUAAAUUUCAUUAAAAGGAAUUCAAGUAAAGAAGCAACAAAGCCAUGACUCCUCCUCUCAGGAUUGUACAGAAAAGGAUUUGUGGGCUUAUAAUUAUAACCAGUUGCCUUUCACAGGCUUUUGAGGUCCAAGGCAGCUUGGCCUCUUAGGAAAUGUUACAAACCCUGUAUAAAUUCCUGCUUUCCCAGGUUUAUACUGUACAUGUGUAAGACAGAAAUGGGCAGAAUGAAACAGUGUUUUGGAACUCAGUCUUUUCUGGUGACAGUUAUCAACACCAGGUGUCCCCUAAAAUGGGAACCACAGAUGUGAAUGGGCCAAAAGCAGUGGACAAAUGUUCUGUGUUCUCCAUCCCACCCCUUAUGGCAGGGACACAAUCAAGUGAAGACCAGCUAGUGCAGGUAGUUGUGUGUAGGUUCAUUCUCAAGGUUGGGUUUCCUUGCCUCUGGUGUUGGUACCCAAGCGUUUUGGGGCAGGAAAGGACCAGCAGCCACUUUCUGCUCUGGAUGUACCAAGGACUUGCAUUGCUUGAAAGGAGCAACAUGAGGUUAAACUGGUGUGUAAAGUUAACAAAAAACCCCUGACAAAUGGCUUUACCUAUGAACACAGGUAAACAAUUUCAGUAAGCAGAUGUAUUUUUAUUUGUGUUGUUUGUCCCCAUUUUGCAAGCUAGGUUCACAUCUUGAAAACCAAGUCCAUUUGGUUUUAAGUAGGUAUUCCCAUUAGGCUCUUGGUGCUUUGGUAGGGCUUUUUGUUCAAAAUAUUGGCUUCUUCCACUUGGAAACUAGCAAAAAAUGGAUCCAUUGGUCAUGUAUACUUCUAUUUGUUAUAAAAUGUGGUUACCUUAAAAACCAAAUUUGAAGCCAAAUUUUAAAAGUAGACAUUGUUGCUUUUAUCUGCCCCAUCUUCCCAGCCCUCUGCAGACAAGGCCAAGUCCUCCCUGCCCAGGGGUGGCUGCAUUUGGCCCCUCAUUACACACUCAUGACAGUAUAACUGGGGAGGCUCUCGUGUAAGAUGCCUUUAUUUGUUCAGAUGCUGGAGGAGGACGAAUCCAAUGGGACCACAAACAGGGGAAUAACUUCUGUGCUAGCCCAACAUGCUGCUCCAAGCCCACUAAAACAGUAAAUUGCCGUUUCCUUCCAAGGCAGCGAAUGAGGAGAGCUGCACAAAUCAUCUGUGGAGUUGGGUUCUGGGGGAUGCUCCCUGCACUCCACACACACAGAUCUCUCAUUUGCUUUGGAAGAGACGUGUUGCACUUUAGUGGAGGGGGAGGCAGGCUUUAGGGAUGGGAUCUAGUGUACUUGAAUUCCUUUUGGAAAUGACAGCAGCGGGAGACAUUGGUGUCCGUGAUGCAAGUGCGCACGCUGCCUUCAACUUGUAUGUGUUUUAUUGCUGGAGUCAUGUUACUGACAGGAUAAUGAAAUUGCAAAGAAAAUGUGUUAUAUUCAACUUUGCCUUGAUAAUAUAAACACUUUGUUCUUUUUUU